GUCCCCUGCACCCAGCCAGGAAUCCAGGGAAGAGAGAGCGUUGGAGGAUCCUGUGAGUGGUUUUACCAUCCCCGUCUAAGCUGGUGUGCCUCUCUUCUGCACUCGGUCACACAGCUUUAUCGAACUGGAAGGGGCUGGAGAGAGUAACCUGUCUGUGUGCCUGGGAAGAAGGACAAAGCCAGGCCCAGAUGAUGGAUUUGGAUGUGCUUCUAUGAAGAAAUGCCACGUGUCUCUGCUGGUCCAAGAACAAACAUGUCCAGACUACUGCCACCUUAGGGCACUAGGGCUUGGUGACAGCACUUCCCGGGGAAUCAGGCGUGGUCUGACCCAGGAACAGGAAGCACGUCAUCACCAAUGACAUCAUGACAGCAAGAGAGCACAGCCCUCGCCACAGUGCCAGGGCCCGUGCGAUGCAGCGGGCUUCCACCAUCGAUGUGGCCGCCGACAUGCUCGGCCUCUCUCUGGCAGGAAAUAUGCAAGAUCCAGAUGAGCCUAUUUUAGAAUUCAGCUUAGCUUGCAGUGAGCUGCAUACUCCAUCGCUAGAUCGAAAACCAAAUAGUUUUGUAGCAGUGAGUGUAACCACCCCUCCUCAGGCAUUCUGGACGAAGCACGCACAAACGGAGAUCAUUGAGGGAACCAACAAUCCUAUAUUUCUAAGCAGUAUUGCCUUCUUUCAAGACUCUCUUAUCAAUCAGAUGACACAAAUCAAACUCUCUGUGUAUGAUGUCAAAGAUAGAUCUCAGGGAACAAUGUAUUUACUGGGCUCUGGAACCUUCAUUGUCAAGGAUCUGCUCCAGGACAGGCAUCAUAGAUUGCAUUUAACACUAAGGUCUGCAGAGAGUGACCGCGUGGGUAACAUCACCGUGAUCGGCUGGCAGAUGGAGGAGAAGUCGGACCAGCGGCCCCCCGUGACCCGGUCUCUGGACACCGUCAAUGGGAGGAUGGUUCUGCCCGUUGAUGAGAGCUUGACCGAGGCCUUGGGAAUCCGAUCCAAAUAUGCUUCAUUGCGAAAAGACACUUUACUGAAAUCUGUGUUCGGCGGCGCCAUCUGCCGCAUGUACCGCUUCCCAACCACUGACGGCAACCACCUGAGGAUCCUGGAGCAGAUGGCGGAGAGUGUGCUCUCCCUGCACGUGCCCCGGCAGUUUGUGAAGCUCCUGCUCGAGGAAGAUGCGGCCAGAGUGUGUGAACUGGAGGAGUUGGGGGAUCUGUCCCCUUGCUGGGAGAGCCUCCGGCGCCAGAUUGUCACUCAGUACCAGACUGUCAUCCUCAUAUACCAGGAGAACCUGACCGACCUCCAUCAGUACAAAGGUCCCUCAUUUAAAGCAAGCAGUUUGAAAGCAGACAAAAAGUUAGAAUUUGUUCCCACAAACCUGCACAUACAAAGGAUGAGAGUUCAAGACGAUGGAGGAUCAGAUCAGAACUACGACAUCGUCACCAUCGGAGCGCCAGCAGCACACUGCCAAGGUUUUAAGUCAGGAGGUCUCCGUAAAAAGCUGCACAAAUUUGAAGAGACCAAGAAACAUACAUCAUCCAGCUGCCAGUCCAUAAUCUACAUACCACAGGAUAUCGUCAGAGCCAAGGAGAUCAUUGCCCAGAUCAACACCCUGAAAACCCAAGUGAGUUACUAUGCAGAGCGGCUCUCAAGGGCAGCCAAGGAUAGGUCUGCCACUGGCCUCGAAAGAACACUCGCCAUCUUGGCAGACAAGACCCGGCAGCUGGUCACCGUCUGCGACUGCAAGCUGCUGGCCAACUCCAUCCAUGGGUUGAAUGCGGCACGGCCCGACUACAUUGCCUCCAAGGCCUCCCCUACCUCGGCAGAGGAGGAGCAGGUGAUGCUUAGAAACGACCAGGACACCCUCAUGGCCAGGUGGACGGGGAGGAACAGCCGGUCUUCUCUGCAGGUGGACUGGCACGAGGAGGAGUGGGAGAAAGUGUGGCUGAAUGUCGACAAGAGCCUGGAGUGCGUCAUCCAGCGGGUAGACAAGCUGCUGCAGAAGGAGCGCCUGCAUGGCGAGGGCUGCGAGGACGUCUUCCCCUGCGCCGGCAGCUGCACCAGCAAGAAAGGUAAACGGGCCAGCCACGCCUACUGGAUCAGACCGGAGGACCCCUUCUUCGAUGUCCCCUCCUCGCCACGCCCCUCCACCAUGCCCUGUGCCGCAUGCCGUCCUCACCCGGCCACACAUUGCAGCCCCCCUCCUGAAGAGUCCAGCCCAGGUGAAUGGAGCGAGGCCCUUUACCCCCUGCUGACCACCCUCACAGACUGCGUGGCCAUGAUGAGUGACAAGGCCAAGAAGGCGAUGGUCUUCCUGCUCAUGCAAGACAGCGCUCCCACCAUAGCCAUGUACCUGAGCCUGCAGUACCGCCGCGACGUGGUCUUCUGCCAAACCCUGACCGCGCUCGUCUGUGGCUUCAUCAUCAAGCUGAGGAACUGUCUGCACGACGACGGCUUCCUGCGGCAGCUCUACACCAUCGGGCUGCUCGCCCAGUUCGAGAGCCUGCUGAGCACCUAUGGUGAGGAGCUGGCCAUGCUGGAGGACAUGAGCCUUGGAAUCAUGGACUUGAGGAACGUGACCUUCAAAGUCACUCAGGCCACUUCUAAUGCAUCAACUGACAUGCUACCCGUCAUCACCGGAAAUCGCGACGGGUUUAACGUGCGGAUCCCUCUGCCAGGCCCCCUGUUCGAUGCCCUGCCCCGGGAGAUCCAGAGCGGCAUGCUGCUGCGGGUGCAGCCCGUCCUCUUCAACGUGGGCAUCAACGAGCAGCAGACUCUGGCUGAGAGGUUUGGCGAUACUUCUUUACAAGAAGUUAUCAACGUGGAGAGUUUGGUGCGGUUAAAUUCCUACUUCGAGCAGUUUAAGGAGGUUUUGCCAGAGGAUUGCCUACCUCGAUCUCGGAGCCAGACGUGCCUGCCGGAGCUGCUGCGGUUCCUGGGUCAGAAUGUGCAUGCCAGGAAGAAUAAGAACGUCGACAUUCUCUGGCAAGCUGCUGAGAUCUGCCGCCGCCUUAACGGGGUCCGGUUCACCAGCUGCAAGAGCGCCAAGGACCGCACGGCCAUGUCGGUGACGCUGGAGCAGUGCCUGAUCCUGCAGCACGAGCACGGCAUGGCACCGCAGGUCUUCACGCAGGCCCUGGAGUGCAUGCGCAGUGAGGGUUGUCGGAGAGAAAAUACAAUGAAGAAUGUUGGAAGUCGCAAAUAUGCGUUUAAUUCCCUGCAGCUGAAGGCUUUCCCCAAGCAUUACAGGCCUCCCGAAGGGACUUACGGAAAAGUUGAAACAUGAACACACGGUGUCCUCUAUUAGCUGUUACAUGAUAAAUGUGGGUACCCUCUAGUGUCAUAUAUGAAUUCUUCAAGACGACCUGAAGGAUUGGUUUUUAUUUUUGUGUUUUUUAAAAUACUUCACUAAAGAGUCUAUGGAGCAUGUUUUUUUCCGUUGGAAUCAAUAGGAGGUAAUGUUUGGCUCAAUAGUGUGGAUAGUAACGACUGCCCAGUAAGUAGCCGCCAGCCGUCACCACGUGGAUAUCAUCAGUAGUUACCUGUAUGAGUCCAGCUAGGUGUGUCUGAAAUGCUGAAAGACUUUUUUAAAUGCCCACUUAGGCAGCUGCUCACCUAACUUAUUUUUCUACUGAGUAACUCAAAAUUGAGCAUUGAAUUACAACCUACUUUUUAAAAAUCUGAAUGUAAAACAGUAAGUAAGAUAUUAAGUAAUUGGAUUCUGGACAGACCAGUAAAUGUUAAAUGUUAACCCACACUUUGGGGAAGAAGCUAGCUCUGUCUCAUGCAGUGAGAACAAGCGGUUCCCGUGAACUAUCCCGUCUGUGCCACCACGGGUAAACCAGCAAGGGAAGCAAAGGCCAACCCAUCAGCCUGAGAUGAGACUUGAUCAGGAGACAACACUGCAGAGCCGCCCACAGUGGGGGCCACUUCUGUCCCUUCUAAGUUAGAGGACAGGGCGUCUGCUUGAGACCGUGAAGCCAGCCGUCUCCGGUUCUCCUCAGCUCCGUGUCUGUCCCCCGCACCCCCAGGGCACGUCUCCCCUUCUUCUCUGGAGUUCUGUCGCUCCAGCACCUCACACGGGGUCUGAGGCCUCUCAGACAACAAUGGGGUAUUUGUGCGUGUGGACAGUGGAGGCCGAGAUAUUUUAAGAACAGAUGUCCUUCUGUGGUUUCCUAAUUUAGCAAUUCUUCUAAAAGAUAAUACAAUCAUGUUUGAAUGUCUGAUGAAAGUGUCUUUUAGGUUUGCAACAAUUGUUACUAUCCUCUUCUCAUUCUGUUAUGUAAGAUGACUAUUGAGAGUUGAAAUUAUCUCCUAAAAUGAGAUUUUUGAAAGGGAUUAAUGGGCCAUAAAACUUAGGAAUUUCAUAGAAAAUUAUGUCUGGUCAUCUAUUAUAAGAUGAUAAUGAGUCUUAUCUGCACAUAGCAGAGUUUUUUUCUCAAUUUAUGUUUUAUCAAUUCUGUUUAUCUUGAUUAUUACGUUUACAUGUUAUUUAAAAGGCUGUAAAAAUAUAUAUGUGGCACAUAUUCAUGAUGCUGAUCCUAAUGACUUGUGAACCCUUAGGAAAUUCCUGUGUCUAAAAUUCUAGCUAUUAUUCUUUGGCUCCUUUAGAAAAGCCACUUGGAAACAUGUAACUAACUUCUUGGGCCUGGGCAGCUGAGGCCCAGGCAAGAACCCCCCUUGGCAGGGACACAGGGGUGGGCAUCAGGUGAGGCUGGAACUGGGUGACCUUCCAGUUCCCUUCCUACUCAGAAGUCGGUGCUCAGACAGCCUACCGUCUCCUGAUGCCUACGGGGGCGAAGUGCCCACUGGCUGAAUGUGAGCUGGUGUGGAGGAGGUCGGCGAGGGCUGGCUGCAGCUCACUGUCCCUCUCGAGGCUGGGUUCCCUGGAGGGUGGAGGCCGAGAAACUCUUGUCCACCAGACCCACCGCAGAGGUGGCAGCAGCUGCUGUCGGCUUCUCCUGUUGUAGGUGUCAGUCCCUGUUCAAAGACAGUUUUCUCCAGUCUGGCUGAUUGACCUGUCACCUCUCCACCAUUUCAUUUUAUUUGCAAUUUUUUCUAGUAUCUCUGUAUUUCCAUCAUUUCUCGUUUUAACAUCACUACCUUUUAAAAAAUUCCCUUGUCUCUUUAAAUUAAAUGUUACACUAUUGUAUUCAGAAUUCUUUUUUGUCUGAAGAGCAUUAAAUACUUGCAUUUAUCAAAAGGGAAUAUAGCAAAUGGUGAGUCGUCUGUUGGCAGUUUUGCAUGUGGCACAUUUAUGUGAAUAUUUUCCCAAUUUUAUCUUCAUAUUAUGGAUCACCAUAAAACUCUAAGACUUGGCUAAUCGUGUAGAAGACAUUCAGGUUUCAGCAUUCUGUCUGGGCAGUACUGCCAGGCGCCCACGUGACGGUCUCACAGGGCGUCGUGCGCUUACCGAGCUCACUGGGCGCGGGCGCGUCACCCGUCAUGGUGGCAGCAGCUCCUCGGGUAACCUAGGAGCUCUGAGUGUUCAGCUGCACAAGGAAGGCAGUUUCACAGGUUACCAUACAAUAGAGGUUCCAUCCAGUGUUCCCUGGAAGGCCGCAUUUAAAAGAAACGUUGAGACAUCCUGAAAACCCGAGGUGACGUGGAUUCUGUCAAAGCGCCUGCAAGCACACUUGCCUUUGGUUUCCUUGAAAAAUGUACAAAUAUUGUAUAAUACAGUUUGUCCCUCCACAGUUGUAUUCGCCAAGCCUAGUGCAUUAAAGUACUUUUAUUUAUUUGUUUGGGGCAGUAUUACUAUAUAUAAACAUGUAGUUACUGUUUUAUAUAUUCUUAGCUCAUUCAAAGCCAUGUAUGCUGUAAAUGUGCUCGUCUUUAGAAUGACAAAUAAUAAAUGACUGACAAGAACAUUAAA